AUGGCUGAUGUUGCAUCCCUCAAAGGAAAGAAGAGAAAGAUGGCACUCAGUGUUUUAGAGCUCCCAUCCAAAUCCUCCAUAGUGACCUUACUGAGCCCGUCCCUCCUCCUCCUGGAAAUCCCUGCUGACACCAACACCAGUCUCCCAGUAUGGGAGGCCGUGAGAUCCCAGCAGGUUGACGUCGCCUGGAGUGUCAAUCCCUACAGCAUCAGCGUUCAUUUAACCCCUAUGACCCCUAAGCAGGGGAAGGGUACAACUUCCAGCAAAAGUGAGAGCACUCCCAAUGUCGUACAGACCUCAGCGCUUUCUUCUGGCAUCCUGCAGCCUCAGACGUUCGUCCAGUCCAUUGCGCAGCAAUCUGGGCCCUCCCAGACGGUCCUGCUCACCUUCUCCCAAAACAGCACCCAAUUGUCACCAUGCCCUCCAGGUCAACCACAGAAAAUACCUCCAAACCAUAAGCCGGCCACCUCCCUCAUCGUCUCCCUGCCUCUCAUCAUCACCCAACCCCAGCCUGCCAGUCAGCCCAGCGCCACUACCAAGAAGUCGGCCCUACCCGUCACCCAGACCCCAACAACCAUGCCCACCAAGCUGCAAUCCCCAUCCAAAGCACCCGUCCCCUUUCCUUUCCACACGAGGAGCCUCUGUGACAUCCAGAUCUGCGACGACUUCCUCUUAAGCUUGUGUCGUUCAGGGAGGAAGUGUAAGAUGCACCACACGCCCUACCCAUUUCAUUGGCAGCUGUGGUCCAUGACCAGACAUCAGUGGAUCGACAUCUCCCCUCGCUCUCAGGUCUUACUAGAAAGGACCUAUUGCAACAUUGAACAAGACUUGAUUUGCAUGAAGGAUGGAGAUAUGCGCUACAGACUGAACUUUGACUUGAUGGAGUUGGACGACCCAUCGAAGUACGACGGAGUGAGACGACUGACCAACUCUGACAGUCCGCUCAGGAACCCUUACUUUCCCAGCAAAUGGAAAAUCUACUGGUGGAACAGCUUUAACUGGGAACAGUACAACAAGAACGUCUCCACCUUGCUCCUGAAGAAGAUGAGUGAAAAGGAGCCCGAGUGCUCCUUCUACAUCAGCUCACAGGAGUACAAGCUGGACUUCACCACCAUGACCCAGACCAACAUCACCACAGGGUUCCAGAGAGACGUUCGCUGCAGACCGGUCUACCGCUCCCCUGAUUCCAUGCACCCUUACCUGCAGUUAACUGACCCCACUGAGCCUGCUAGUGGGGCAAACUUCAGCGUCAACCCCCUGGAGGAGUUCACUUCCUGGUAUCCUCCGGUGUGGUGUCUGGCCUCAGAGGAGGACUACAGCCUGGUAGACGUUCCGGCGGGGACGCAGGCCUACCGGAAGGUCCAAAGUCUCUUCUAUGAGAGCCUUCCCGAGACCAAGGUGGACAUCAUCAGCAUUCAGCAAGUUCAGAAUGUCCUCCACUGGGACAAGUACCAAAGGCACAAGGCGCACAUGCAGAAGCUGCACAACACGUCUAAGGGGCCUCUGGAGAGACAUCUCUUCCACGGGACGACCAAAGACGCCUCAGAAGACAUCUGCCACAACAACUUCGACCCUCGCUUGGCCGGAGUCAACGGAACCUCUUUGGGGUUUGGCUCCUACUUUGCCACAACUGCCUCCUUCUCCUACAACUUCUCAGCCAAGGGGGGGUCGGAUCAGCUUCGCCACAUGUUCCUGGCUAAAGUCCUGGUGGGGAAGGUGAGUGUCGGGAGGGCCAUGUACCGCCGCCCCCCAGCGCUCACCUCCAAGACAAGGAAGUACCGUCUCUAUGAUACCUGCGUGGACAAAUUAGACAAACCCACCAUGUUUGUAGUUUUUGAUAGCUGUCAGUGCUACCCAUACUACCUGAUCAAGUACACUGACCUACCCAAAGAGAUUGAUAUUUGA